CUCUCUCAGGGCCUUCGUCAGAGCCAAGUGGCCAGGAAGAGCCUCAGCCCUUCCACAGCAGGAGCAGCGAGAUCCCGGGACGGGAACCGCGGGAUCGCACCCCUCCAGGACAAGAUGAAGCAGCUCUCCUUCCUCUUCCUCCUCGGGCUCAUCGCCAGGUCCUUGCAGAUUGAAGACAACAAGAUCCCUGGGCUGUGCUCAGGGCAGCCGGGCAUCCCGGGGACCCCGGGCCUGCACGGGGGCCAGGGUUUGCCAGGCAGAGACGGACGCGAUGGCCGGGACGGAGCCACGGGCAUGCCCGGGGAGAAGGGCGAGAUGGGCCCUCCCGGAGUGCCCGGUCCCCGCGGGGAGGUGGGCAGCCCCGGCGUGGACGGGCUGCACGGUGAGAAGGGGGCUCAGGGCGAGUGCGCCGUGGCUCCCCGCUCCGCCUUCAGCGCCAAGCGCUCCGAGUCCCGCAGCCCUCCCCUGGCCGACCAGCCCAUCCUCUUCGACGUGGUGCUCAUCAACGAGCAGGGCCACUACGACCCGGCCACGGGCAAGUUCACCUGCGAGGUGCCCGGGCUGUAUUACUUCGCCGUGCACGCCACCGUGUACCGCACCAGCCUGCAGUUCGACAUCAUGAAGAACGGCCACUCCAUCGCCUCCUUCUUCCAGUACUACGGCAACUGGCCCAAGCCCACCUCGCUCUCGGGGGGCACCCUGGUCCGCCUGGAGCCCGAGGACGAGGUGUGGGUGCAGGUGGGCGUGGGGGACUACAUCGGCUUCUACGCCAGCGUCAAGACGGAUAGCACCUUCACCGGCUUCCUCGUCUAUUCCUACUGGCAAAACUCCGCCGUGUUCGCCUGAGCUCGGCUGCGGACGGGGCCGGGCAGGUGCCCCUUCCCAUCCAGGUGCCCCUUCCCAUCCAGGUGCCCCUUCCCAGCCAGGUGCCCCUUCCCAGCCAGCAGCGUGGUGGGAUCCGGGGCAGCGGGACCCUGCCCUGCUCAGGGCGGAGAAGCCUUCCCUGUGCCAGGGCGGGGAGCACCCCUGGAGCAGCGCUGUCAUCCCGCGGUGCCAGGGCAGGGCAAGCCGUGCCGAGGGGCCAGGAGCCCGUCCCGCGGGUCCCG